AUGGAUGACUGGUGCAACAAUGGUGAGUUUCAGCUGCGCAUAUUUGCUGCAGGGGACUAUGCCUUCCUGUGCACAUGCCCGCGGAGAAGGCGAUUGUGGACCCAGUACGUACAGCGCCGUAGAAACAACUGGACGGGAGGGGCGAAAGCCGAACUGUGCAGUCGUCAUUUUUCCAGCGACCAGUUUGUCGGCGGACUCGAGCGGGAAUUCGGAAUACGUAAACGCGUUCAGUUGAAGCCCACAGCCGUGCCGGAUGUACAUGCGUUUGACGAAGGACCGGCUGAGAGUGGGGCGUCGUCUGCUGUAAGCGGCUCACGUACGGCGUUCGAAAAACGCAGACGACAACAGAUCAUUGCAGACCUGUUGGAACAAAGUGUACAGGAUCAGAAUCUCUCAGAAGACAAGGUUGAUAUUGAGGUUGUAGCUGAGCUGAAAAACAGUGUGGGCACACAGACAAAGUCAUCAGGCAGACACAGAGCAACACAGGUCACUCCUGCUCGCGCUGACGCAGGGGUCCAGUGCACACUCCUCGCCCCACCCCCGGAGAAUGAGGACACCGAUUCGGAGCCGGAGUCUGAGGAAGAGGAGGAUGACGAUGAUGAUGAGGACUACUUUCCCUCAGAGGAGGAGCUGUCAGACACUGAUAGUGAUGACUUAGAGACAGAAGAGAUUCAUCUGCCAGAUGAGUCAGUACCACCCCAGGAGGAGAGAAAGUACCUUGUCUUCCAUUCAGCUCUUCUGCAGCUUUUCUCUCUCUGCCUACUCUGUGGUAGUGGAAAGCAGAAGCUUCGCCUCGAGACCAUUGGGUCCUUCCUGUCCAUCACACAGAUUUGUACCUUGUGCGAACAUGUGAGGACAUGGAGCAGCCAGCCAUUCAUACGCAACACACCAGCUGGGAACUUGCUGAUCUCUGCAGCAGUUCUUUUUGCAGGUAUUGAAUUACUUCCUGUCAAUCAUGUCUAAAGUCAUAUAAACUGAACCUUUAAAGCCACAUUGCAAGGAGGUUUACAGAUGAGUUAAUGUUAAUUUGUG